UAUUUAAAUGAAAUAAUCAUUUUCAUGUUAAAUUUAGGCGUGACGUUUGAACCAAGAUGUGGAGGCGUGACACGGUGAAGCGACAAAUUCCUCAGAUCAAUCUUAUGACGCACGUGGUCCGACGUUUCUUCAGUUUCCCACUCACAGCUUUAUUUCCUGCUUGCAGUUAGUUCCCUUUUACUGUUAGAAAUGGAAGAAUAUAUAACAUAUAACCGUGAUUUCAUCUUAUCCUGUCAUAUACAACCUUUCAUUAAACGUGUAUAGAGACAUUAGAAAGAAAAAUAAACUCGGAAGGAAGUACACUAUAUGGCCAAAAGUAUGUGCACCCCUGACCAUCACACCCAUAUGUGGUUAUUCUCCAAACUGUUGCCACAAAGUUUGAAGAACACAAUUGUAUAGAGUCUUUGUAUGCUGUAGCAUUACAAUUUCCCUUCACUGGAACGAAGAGGCCCAAACCUGUUCCAGCAUGACAAUGCCCCUGUGCACAAAGCGAGCUCCAUGAAGACAUGGUGUGUGAAGGUUGGAGUGGAAGAACUCGAGUGUCCUGCACAGAGCCCUGACCUCAACCCCACUGAACACCUUUGGGAUGAACUGGAACACCGACUGCACGCCAGACCUCCUCACCCUGCAUCAGUGCCUGACCUCACUAAUGCUCUUGUGGCUGAAUGAACACAAAUCCCCACAGCCACGCUCCAAAAUCUAGUGGAAAGCCUUCCCAGAAGAGUGGAGCUUAUUAUAACAGCAAACGCGGAAUAAAUCUGGAAUGGGACGUUCAGCAAGCACAUAUGGGUGUGAUGGUCUGGGGUUCACAAACUUAUGGCCAUAUAGUGUAUUUGUACCAUCAUUAACAUUAAUUUGCUGACACACAUGAUUGGAAUUUAUAAAAGGUUUUGUGUGUGAACAUGUGUUUCAUUAAACUUUAAUGAUUUUUUUGUUUGUUUUAUUUAGAUCCUACCAUUUGUAUGUUUGCAAACUGUUAUUCAUGAGACCUAAGGACAUUUCCUUUGAGCAAGACAAUCUGGACAUUGUUAGAAAGUAAAAUAAUUUCUAUUGUAAAACAGACAAAACAAAGCAGAAGUGCUUUAGAGGAUGAACGCGCACCCUAACCCGCCAAGCUAGUGUACCUCCAACUGCAGUUUCUAUUACCUUUUAAAAGAAACUCAGAUUUGCUGAUAAUCUUAUGUGGUUUUAUGAAAAUAUAUUUCCUGUAACAGCGACUUUGAAAGCAUAUUCAUAAAUUCAGUGUGUCUGGUUAAAUGCUUCUGAUGUGCUUUUGAAGUCAAGCCCCUAGUUUGUUUACAUGUGACACCGUAAGUACGUAAUUAAAUUCAUCACUAGUUUCUGAGGCUUAAUUUAACAUUAACCAUAAGCCAUGGUUGAUUAGAAUCAUAAAUUAGCAGUGAAGCCUUAACUUCAGGCAUUUUGUCCACUGGGACAAAAGAUUCUAUCAAGGGAUGUUUUUCUUCAUAUAAAAUAAUGUAUUAUUUAAUCAAAUUCUCCUCAUAAAAAAAGCAUUUCCAGGAGCAAAGAUAAAGUGUUCUGGUAUUUUUCUUCUGAAAAAAAAAAAAGUCAGAAGUAAAAUAGCAGAACACUUUAUCUUUGUGCUUGUUCAUAAUAAACAUUCUCAAAUACAGUACAUACUCUUACAGGAAGAGACAAAAACUAAAUGACUGAGUAUACUGAAUAAGUAUAUUCUUUUCCCUUUUGGAUGAAUCAGCAGUGUGCCUUUUUCCUGAGAAUAGUUUUCCUCGUCCAAGAACAAAGACCUAUUGUUCUGUUCCCAAAGUGCAUAAUGGCCUCCAGGGACACAGGAGAUACCUGACCACUGCAUCAGAAAAUUACAGGUCUUUAGAGAAAGCUUUACUAUUACCUGAUUAUUCGGGAGACAAUUCCUAAUCGAUCUUGCAGUUAUAAGAUAAUGGGGAGCUAAAGUAGAACCUUUGUGUUCCUCCUCGGUGCUUCAGCUCAAACAACCUAGUGUAUGGUUGGUGUUAUCAUCUGAAAGUUUCAGGUUCUCCCUUCUGAUACACCCGAUCCAGGCCAUGAGCUCAUUAUGAAGCUCUUCAUGAGCUGGAUCAGGUGCACUAGAGCAGAAAAGCCUGGAACAGGAGAGGUAGAUGUGUCUCUGAUUGGAGUUCAGAAACCACCAGUGAGAGAAACACAGAAGUUUAAGUUGGGGAAGCUUUAUAACAGGAAGUAAAGGGAAGGUAGGGCUUGAAGGCUCAAUAGCUAUUGGUGUGAAAAAUUCAACCUGAGUGCUCGGAGCAUAUCAAGUCCUCAUGGUCACCAUGGUGUUCACCACAAACUGUGUAGAGAAACCAAUCCGAUCUUGUCUGGAAAGAGUCGGCAGAUUCAUCGGACGGUAUCCGUGGUGGUUCAUUAUUAUCCCGCUCAGUCUGUCUGCAGUUCUCGGCGUUGGUUUCUACUUUCUCGAGGACAGAAAGUCUAACGACAUUGUGAAGCAGUUCACGCCACAUGAUGGCCAUGCAAAGAUGGAGAAGCAUUUCUAUGAGACCUUUUUCCAAAGCAGCAAUAACAAAGAUGAUGAUGAUGAUGAUGAUAGUGAUGAUGACGACGACGAAGGAGACUUGUUUUCUGCUCUGAGGUUGAGCACUGACGGUAUAUACGCAUCCGCAAUUUUCACCUGUGGGAUGAAUGUUCUCAGCGAAGAUGCUCUUGCAGAAAUCUUGCGUGUGGACGACCAUGUGAGGAGGAUGACUGUAGAAUAUGACGGACAGGAGUUUUCCUACAAUGAUGUUUGCGCUCGAGUGAACGAGUCCUGUCAAGACAACAUUCUUCUCAAGGUUUUGGACUACAAUGCAAGCAACAUCCACGGGCUCAACCUGACUUUUCCUGUACAUCACAACACACUCGGGGUUGUUCAUCUCGAACAUUCAGUUGGGCAGGUAGAAGUGGACGGGAAUGGAUUUGUUCAGAGAGCCAAGGCAGUGAGACUCAUUUACUACCUACGGCAAAUUAACAGCAUGCUGGAGAAAGCCUGGUUGAAUGACUUUGUGAAUUUGCUGAGCAACAAGUCAACGUAUGUGACACAGGUGUCCUAUUUCACAUCCAUAUCAAGGCAACAAGAAUUUGAGAAGAGUACAGAGUCCAUCACACAGCUUUUUUCCAUCACCUACUUUAUUGCCAUUCUGUUUUCAGUGCUGUCGUGUGUAAGGCUUGACAGUGUGAGGAAUAAAGUGUGGGUGGCCUCUCUCGGCGUAAUCUCAACUGGGCUAGCCGUGCUUUCCGGCUUUGGUUUACUCUUGCUUAUGAAUGUCCCGUUUGUCAUAACCGUGGCAUCUUCUCCAUUCCUGGUACUUGGGAUUGGCAUUGAUGAUAUGUUCAUCAUGAUCUCCUGCUGGCAGCAGACCAACGUCCAAGACAGUGUAGCAGAGCGCAUGGCUGCCACCUACAGAGAAGCAGCCAUCUCAAUCACAAUCACCACCUUGACCGACAUAGUGGCCUUUUAUCUCAGUUACAGCAACCCCUUUGGUUCGGUACAGUCCUUCUGCCUAUAUGCUGGCACGGCCAUCUUGUUCUGCUACCUCUAUAACAUCACUUUCUUUGGUGCGUGUUUGGCAUUGAACGGCAGAAGGGAGGAAAGCAAUCGGCAUUGGUUGACAUGCCUGAAAGUUCCGGAAGAAAGCCUACCUGGAUCUUCCAAAGCUUAUAUUGCCUGCUGUGUGGGGGGAGCCUACAACCACGAAACUGGAACUGAAGAGGAACACUUCAUGAAACUGUUCUUCAGGAAGUACUAUGGACCUUUUCUGACCACAGGUCUUGCCAAAGCAACAGUGAUUCUCCUUUACAUCAGCUAUAUUUCCAUCAGUAUCUACGGAUGCACUACGAUCGAAGAAGGGAUUGACUUGAAGAACCUGGCGGUGGAUCAAUCGUACGUAGUCAAAUACUACGAAGACGAAAAGAUGCACUUUGCUGAGUAUGGUCCGAUCGUCAUGCUGGCAGUCAAUGCUACGUUUCCAUACUGGGACGAAGUAGAACGAGCUCAACUGGAAUCUUGUAUUUCGGAAUUCCAAGGCCUUCCUUUCGUUGGGAAUUUGGCCACUUCUUGGCUUCAUUCUUUUGAGAGUUAUGCCAAAGAAAAGCACCUCAACAUCAGCUCAGAAGUUGAAUUUAUGGAACAUCUGCACCCUUUUCUACAAGGUCAACCAAUGCUCAGAUUGGACGUCAACAUGACUGAUGAUACAAUUCAAGCCUCACGCUUAUUUCUUCAAACAGUUAACAUUCCAUCUGAGAAGAUCAUGCUAGAAACGUUGAGAAAAACUGCCCAAAAUUGCCAAUUCCCAUUAGUGGUCUACCAUCCUACAUUUAUAUAUUAUGAUCAAUACACUGUGAUUGCAAGCAGCACUAUUCAGACCGUUAGUAUAGCUACUGCGGUGAUGCUCGUCAUCUCGCUUGCACUCAUCCCAAGUCCAGUUUGUGCUUUAUGGGUCACUUUUGCCAUCGGAUCAGUCAUUGUAGGAGUCACAGGCUUCAUGGCGUUGCUAGGUAUCAGCUUGGACUCCAUUUCAAUGAUCAACCUGGUCAUUAGUAUCGGGUUUUCUGUGGAUUUCUCAGCUCAUAUCUCCUACACGUUUGUAUCCAGUGCUAAGCCUUGUGUGAACGAUAAAGCCGUGGAGGCGCUGUCACAUCUGGGCUAUCCCAUACUACAGGGGGCGUUUUCUACAAUUCUUGGUGUAGUGGUACUCUCUGUAUCAGUAAGCUACAUCUUCAGAACCUUCUUCACCAUCACGUUUCUAGUCAUUUUGUUUGGUUUGCUUCAUGGCAUUGCUUUUAUCCCGGUGUUUUUAACCUUUUCUGGAUUUUGCAUCAAGUUUUAAUUGUUCUGCUUUAUUGACUAUCUAAUAUCCAUUGUUUUCAAGUACAAUGACUAGAAAGACUGUCAAAGGCAUUUUUGUGUUUUGUUUUUGUAGGUUUUUUUUUGUACUCACUUCAAACAUUGUGUCUAUGGAGAAGAGCGAAAUGCAAUCAAAAGAAAAAAAAUGUGAAAUACAAUACACAGAUGGUGCUGCUUUUCAUUAGUGACAGACAAAACAUACCACACUGAAAAGCAAAACUUCCACUGCAUUGCUCUUAUAUUGUUGUUCUUUUUUGAUCAUGAAUCUAAUCAUCUCAAUAUGUGGCCUCUUGAGCUGUAGAGUUCACAGGAUGAGGGCAUGUUGCUUUUCUGAAAUCCUGUGAAGGCAAGUCAUAUUCAAAACGUCUAAAUAUUUUGUGUGUCUGCAGAUAUAAUGUGUAAUAUUUUAAAAUCGAUUCAAUUUGUGGCUUUUUCACACUGUUCCAUUCAUGAUAAGUAACAAAUAAAUUCUUAAC